GGCAGACAAUAAUGUACAACUGAAAUUUCACAAGGUUGUAGACUAGCAACUCAAUAAAAAAAAAGAAAAAAAAAGUUAAGGGAGAGGUAAGAGUCUGCUGGAUCUCGAUUGCCUUCUGCUCAAAAGAAUUCACAUGCCAAAGUGGCAUAUUUUGGGGUGAAGUAUUCGGCUCCCCUUCAGCCCAACAUGGGUUGCAUUCCUGCUGAACUACCUGGACACGUGACUUCACUUCUCUGAGCUUCCCUUUCCUCCUCUGGAGGAUGAUGAGGGAGACACUCAGCAGGCAGGGCUGUGUUAUGUGUAAAGUCCUUAGCACAGUGCACGGCUCAGAGCGAGGGCUGCAACAUUCUUGUUGGCAGUUGAUAGCAUUGUGAUGGAUGAAGCCUCACAUGAUGCAUCAGGUACCUGGCAGGGCCUGCCUCCAGUUGUCAGUGACGUUUUGCCUGGAGCAUUUCUAGAUCUGCCUGUCUCCUUGAGGGAGGGAAAGUGCAGGGUCCUGGGCCAGAGAGAAGACAGCCAGCAUUCUUCUGGGUGGAAACUUUCCCUGUGCCUGCACGAGACCUCCCGGUUGGAAUCUCUCUGGACCACGCUGGCCACCAGCCAGUAUGUGGAUCACAAAGGGGCUGUGCGUGUGAGUGGUUCUUCAGGAGAGUCAGGAAGAGGAGGAGUUGGGGAGAUGUGAAUUGUGGGCUUCAAAUGCAGGCUGUUAUACCGACGGCAGCCUUUCUGGGACCUGUGGUCUAGAAGACAGGAGAAAGGAUGAGUGUUCCAGGAGAUCCAGCCCAGCCAGACUCUGAAAGCUGCAGAGGCACCACGAGUAGCAAGGAGGAUGCCAAGUGGCUUCAGUGGGUGACCCACCAGUUUGAGACCAUUGCAGGAGAAGACGGGGAGAUCGAUCUGCAGGACUUCAAAAAAGCCCUGAAUGUGAAAGAGUCCUUCUUUGCCGAGCGAUUCUUCACCCUGUUUGACUCUGAUGGAAGCGGCACCAUCACCCUCCAGGAGCUUCGCGAGGCGCUGACCCUGCUCAUCCAUGGCAACCCCAUGGACAAACUCAAAUUCCUCUUCCAGGUGUACGACGUCGAUGGCAAUGGUUCCAUCGACCCAGAUGAGCUGCGCACGGUGCUGCAGUCGUGCCUGCGCGAGAGCGCCAUCUCGCUGCCCGAUGAGAAGCUGGACCAGCUGACGCUGGCGCUCUUCGAGUCAGCCGACAAGGACUGCAGCGGCGCCAUCACCUUCGAAGAGCUCCGAGAGGAGCUGCAGCGCUUUCCCGGGGUCAUGGAGAACCUGACCAUCAGCGCUGCCCACUGGCUGACAGCCCCGGCCGCCCGGCCGCGCCCGCGCCGUCCUCGCCCGCUGACCUCCGCCUACUGGCACAACCACCGCAGCCAGCUGCUCUGCCUGGCCGCCUACGUGGGCCUCCACGUGCUGCUCUUCGCGCUGGCGGCCAACGCGCACCGGGCUCUCGGCGCCAGCGUCAUGGUGGCCAAGGGCUGCGGCCAGUGCCUCAACUUCGACUGCAGCUUCAUCGCGGUGCUGAUGCUCAGGCGCUGCCUUACGUGGCUACGGGCCACGUGGCUGGCUCAGGUCCUGCCGCUGGACCAGAACAUCCAGUUCCACCAGCUAAUGGGCUACGUGGUGGUUGGGCUCUCCCUUGUGCACACUGUGGCCCACGUUGUGAACUUUGCGCUCCAGGCUCAGUCUGACACCAGCCCCUUCCAGUUCUGGGAACUGCUGCUCACCACGAGGCCUGGCAUUGGCUGGGUCCACGGCUUGGCUUCCCCGACCGGUGUGGCUCUCCUGCUGCUGCUGCUCCUCAUGUUCGCCUGCUCCAGCCCCUGCGUCCGCAGGAGUGGCUACUUCGAGGUGUUCUACUGGACCCACCUGUCCUACCUUGCCAUGUGGCUCCUGCUCAUCCUGCACGGGCCCAACUUCUGGAAGUGGCUGCUGGUCCCUGGCAUCUUGUUCUUCCUGGAGAAGGCCUUCGGGCUGACAGUAUCCCGCAUGGCGGCCCUGAGCAUCGUGGAAGUCAACCUCCUCCCUUCCAAGGUCACUCAUCUCCUCAUCAAGAGGCCCCCUCUUUUCCACUACAGGCCUGGCGACUACUUGUAUCUGAACAUCCCCACCAUCGCGCGCUACGAGUGGCACCCCUUCACCAUCAGCAGUGCUCCCGAGCAGAAAGACACCAUCUGGCUACACAUCCGGUCCCAAGGCCAGUGGACAAACAGGCUGUAUGAGUUCUUCAAGGCAUCAGACCCGGCAAACUGUGGUCCCAAGAGGCUGUCGAGGAGUUUGACGAUGAGAAGGAGUCAGAGGAUGCCCCAGGGUUUGCAGCCCCAGCCCAUCCAGUCUGGGGCCUUGGCACAGGGAGCCAUGGCCUCCCACAAGGAUGUCACUGUGGAGCUGAUGUCCUACCUGCCCAAGGGAACUCCCAGGCAGGGGCACCAAGGCCUGGGGUGCAUGGGGACAGAGGACAGGACUCAGGCACAGCAGGAAGCCGCGGCCGAGCCCGGGGGCCUGGUCUCUGAAAUGUCCUCUGAGAACCACCAAUUCUGUAACAUCAAGUGCUACAUCGAUGGCCCCUACGGAACCUCCACCCGCAGGAUCUUUGCCUCGGAGCAUGCCGUGCUCAUCGGGGCGGGCAUCGGCAUCACGCCCUUCGCUUCCAUCCUGCAGAGCAUCAUGCACAGGCAUCAGAAGAGAAGGCACAUUUGCCCCCGCUGCCAGCACUCCUGGAUGGACGGUGUCCAGGACGAGGACAUGAAGCUCCACAAGGUGGACUUCAUCUGGAUCAACCGAGACCAGCGGUCUUUCGAGUGGUUUGUGAGCCUGCUGACCAACCUGGAGAUGGAGCAGGCUGCGGAGACUCAAGAGGACCGCUUCUUGGAGCUGCAUAUGUACAUGACCUCUGCGCUGGGCAAGAAUGACAUGAAGGCCAUUGGCCUGCAGAUGGCCCUCGACCUCCUGGCCAAAAAGGAGAAGAAGGAUUCCAUCACAGGCCUCCAGACACGCACCCAGCCUGGGCGGCCUGACUGGAGCAAGGUGUUCCAGAAAGUGGCUGCCGAGAAGAAGGGCAGGGUGCAGGUCUUCUUCUGUGGCUCCCCGGCUCUGGCCAAGGUGCUCAAGGGCCACUGUGAGCAGUUCAGCUUCAGAUUCUUCCAAGAGAACUUCUAGCCGCACCCCGCCAAGCUCUGCCCAAGCCCACAUUGCGGGCCAGCUCAGUCGCAUUGCUUCCAGUGCCCCACAGGGACCAGCCUCAGAAGACCAGCUGAUCCUGCUCCACGCGGAACAGGAGGCCCCGGGGGCAGAUGGACUUUCUCCAGAAGCUAAGGAAGAGAGCCGUGCCUUGCGCAGCGCUCCUUUGCGUUCUGGGAUUGCUGUGGAACUGAUCAGGCUGGUGCCGGUCGUUUCCAGGGCAACCGCUCCUCCAAAAGUCCUCGGAGGGAACCUUCCCCCUACAACGGCGGUCACAGACCUGCAGAUUCAUUCCAGUCAUUUGGGAACUGCCCCCACCAACAUUUUAUUAUGAAAAUUUUCAAACAUACAGAGAGUUAAAAGGAUUGUACAGUGAACAGUGUUACCCACUUUCUAGAUUCCUCAGUUAACAUUUUGCUAUAUUUGCUUUAUUGAGUAUUAUCCAUCUAUCCCUUCCUCCAUCCAUUCAUCAAUGUGUCUUAUUUUUCUGAUGCAUUUCAAAGCACACUUUGCCACUCAGAGGAGCUUUCUUGAAAUGCAGAUUCCUGGGUCCUGCUCCCAGAAAUUCUGAUGCUGAAGAUCUGGGGAUGAGAUCUGGAAUGUGUAUUUUAUCCAAAACCCAUUCCCAUAGGGAGAGAGAAGCAGCAUAUUUUCCCACUUCUCUCUAUGGCAUUGUCUUCCUAUCUAUUUGUCUGUGUCCCUUUCCUUUCUCUCUCUCUCUACGUCUCUCUCUCUGUACCUCUCCCCUGUAUGUGUCCCUCAGUGUCCUUCCAUUGCUCUGCAUGUCGGUUUCUCCGUUCUCUCCGUGUGCUGAGUCAUUGGAGAAAUAGGACGGAGGCAGCGUUGGUGUGUGUAUUUCUCUGUAGGGGUCACAGAAAGGCCACGUUCCUGGAAAUCAAGCAGGUUGCUACAUGAAGCUCAGCUCAGCCACACCCCAGCGGGGUGGCCCUGGCACCCUCUCCGAGUCUGUUUCUUCAUCUGAAAAAUGGAACUGAUGACAUCCCCUGGUCACGGUUCUUACAAGAGUGAAAUGAGACACGAGUAAAAUGAGCUUCAGAUUCUUCCAAGAGAACUUCUAGCCCCGCCCAUCUAAGCUUGGCCCAAACCCACACUCAGGCCAGGACGCUCAUCUUCCAUCCCUGUGCAGCUCUUUAUGGCUCCAGACGUUUGUGUCUCUACAUCUUCUCUCUGCGUUGCAGCUCCCUCUAUCUCUGUGUCCCAGCCUCUGUUUGCAUCUGUCACUGUCUGGGCAGGAGUGGAUGGUAGAGCCAGCAAGUACAAAAGCUGGAGAGCUCCUUGAAGGAGGAGACCCUUUGGGGAGGAGAGAUGCUGGGGUGAGGGUAGGGCUGGGAGGGCUGGCCUCACCCCCUCAGAUCUGAGCUAGGCAUUUUCCAUCUGCCCGUCACCAUGAGCCCAUGACCCCCACAGUUCCUGGGCAUCCUCCGCCUUGCAGCCAGUCUUGCUAGGUUCUUUCUCUUCUGUAACAGUCUAAACACUCCUCCCCAAAGCUGCCUUCAGGGGGUUGGAAUCAGGCACUUCCCAGUGGGACCGUAGUUUGUACCUUUCUUUUCCAUGGGUUGGAAGUCCGUGGGGGAGAACAGGCAAGGAAGCUGGGUGAGAGCUGUGAUGAUGACACCACUUAUAAAGAGCUGGGUAGCUAAGGGGGGAGCUGGGAUGCAGCAGAUGAGGAGGUAUGUGCAGAGGAUGAGCAGAGAGGACCGAGGGGAGAGUCCUGCAGGUGACAAUGGAGCAAAGUUGGGUUGAAAAGUUCUCUUCAAAAAGAAGCAGUGAGAAAACAGAGUGGUGGAUGGAGUUGAGGUGCACCUUGGGGAAGAGGGCAAAACACAUCCUGGGGACUGGGACGGACAAACGAUGGGACACAGGACAUCUUAUUCAAGAUGUGGGAAGAGCAGGAGGAGAAUACAAGAGGAAGAGGGGGACCCAGCUGUCAGCCCUGCUACGAAAGAGGUGACCACAUUCCGUGGGGUGGGUAGAAAGGAGGAGCUAGGCAUCCCCAAGCCUCUGCUGGCACUGGGAGCCCGCGUGUCCGGGAGGUCUUGUGUUGGGGGGCCUUCCACUCGUCAUCGUGGUUAAUUUCCAACAAGCCUGGGGCAGGCGCACAGCUCACAUGGAGAAACUCAGACGUAGAGACGUUGAGUUCCCAGCCUGAGGGUCAUACGGUGUUGGAACCCAUUUCCUGCUGUUGAGUCUGCGUUUUCCCCUCUUCGUGAGACUUGGGAAAGCCUAGAAUAAAGCCUGUUACUACCUGGAGUGCAGCAGUAAGCUAAGUGGGUAUCCCAACAGGGCUGGCAGAGCAGAAUCUGGUUAGCAAAGGACUUCACACACACACGCACACACACGUGCGCACACACACACGCAUGCACACAGAGUUUACAUUCUGUCCGGUCUCUGUCCACACUGCCCUAAAAUACUGGAGCCCUGGUCCACAGUCCUCUGCUCUCUCAUAACGCAUUUCCACCAGUCUCCCACUCCCAUAUGCAAAUAGCCCACUGUUCAUUUAGAGUUUUAUAUUACAUGGGGGAGGAGAGGUGG